UGUUGCUUACACACACACACACCCACACACGCACACACACACACACACACACACACACACACACACACACACACACACACACACACACACACACACACACAAUCGAGACGCCGCAACGAUGGACGAGGAGGAACAGGAAGAGGAGGAUGACAACAACGAAGAAGAAGAGGAGGAGAAUAACGGCGGUGAUGGAGGAGGAGGAGGAGGAGGUGGAGGAGGAGCACGAGGAAGAAGAGGAGGAGGAGGAGGGGGGGAGCAGAAGGAAGUGGACGGAAAGGAGGAGGAGGAGGAGGAAGAGAUAGAGGAAAAGGAGGAGGAGGAGGAGGAAGAAGACGGAAAGGAGGAGGAGGAGGAGAGAGAUGAGAAAGACGGAGGAGGAGGAAGGAGGAUGGUACGCACCUGCAUGGGGGUUCGAACACGUGUCGGGUCGUGGCCGUUGGCGCACAAUUUUGACAACGUCCAACUCCCACAACAUGCCUAAAUCGCGCGGGGGCAGACGGUGGUCGGGGGCGCAGUUCAAAUUCAAAUU